UCUCGGGCACUAACAGCAUACCUAUUGGGAGCAGAAAAGGUCAAUUUCCCAGCGCCUCUACUGAUUCUGUAGCGACACCAUUUUCUGCCAUUACUGGUGAUCGCCGCCAGGAACCACUUAUGAAUGAAGGUGAACGUGGACGAAACAAGGGAGCACGAUAUAGUCCUCUUAUCAGUAGAGAAUCUUAUGAACGUCCUCCCCACUUUGAUGUACCUCUCCAGCAAUCUGCUCAACAGGUUAUUGAGAACGAUCAAGGGAAAAAUGGCCGAACCGUCUCUCCUAUAUCCAUCCGUCGCCCCCUUUCUCCUCCUUUAUCGGGCCGUAAUACUUCGGCUAAUGUAGCUCCUCGUUCGUGGCAUGGUGGGAAAGAGUCGCGAUUCGGUCCACCC